AUGCCGGAACAUGAUCCCCUGGUUUUAUCCUACCGUCAUCUGGCGCAGUUUCGGCGCGCUGAUGAUGCGUUGACGACCUUGAAGAAAGUGGCUUCUUUGGUGAAGCCGAUUAUGCGUAGUCGAGGAUGGAAAGUUGGAGAGCUGGCCGAAUUCUAUCCAUCACAGCAGAACCUACUAGGGCUUAAUGUCAAUCGCGGGCAGAAAAUAUGCUUGAGACUACGCUAUCCACAGGACCAGAAUCAAUUUCUUCCAACAGAGAGUGUCGUUGACACUAUGCUGCAUGAGCUGUGCCACAUUGUACACGGACCUCAUGACGCCAAGUUUCACGCCCUCUGGGACCAGCUGCGUGAUGAAUGGCAGGGUCUCCUCUACAAAGGCUAUACAGGCGAAGGAUUUUUGUCCAAUGGCCACCGUCUGGGCGGGAGACAAACGUUGCCACCCCAUGAAGUGCAACGGCUUGCCCGUACCGCUGCUGAAAAGCGAAAAGCCCACCAACAAUUAACUCAAGGGUCGGGGCGACGCCUUGGCGGAGGAGACGUAUCACGGCCGCCAAGGCCAGGCAGGAACCUACGUCAAGCAGCAGCGGCAGCGGCCGAGAGACGCAACAAAGCGCUUGAGGGCUGCGCCACUGAGAAGCUUAGUGAGAACGAGAUACAUGAUAUUGCAGAUACGGCAUCGAAGAAUGGAUUCCGGACACAAGCCGAAGAGGAUGAGGCCAACGAGCUUGCCAUCUCUCAAGCACUGUGGGAGCUCGCUCAGGAAGACGAGUUGGCCAGUUCAGGUGGUUCGUAUAUAACCUCAUCGCCAGCGGAAAAGGUUAUGAAUGGAGGCGGGAACGCCUCUGUAUUUGGCAACAGGGGCUCAAAUGCAGGACCAAACAGCACCAGCCGUGAUGACAAUAAGAGACCGGCAUCCCCUCGACCAGACGAAGGAUCCUUCUGGGUAUGUUCGGUAUGCACUCUGCACAACCCACAGAGCUUCCUGUGCUGUGAUGCCUGUGGAGUAGAACGCAGUGAGACGACAUUGAGCAUACCGGUGAAGCCGAGACAGCCUGGACCGAGACCAGCUGUCAUCGACUUAACAAAUAGCCCCCCAAAGAAGAAGACAAAGGCUGGUGAGGCCUCACGAACAGCACAGACGACGCAGACGACACAGCGACAACCAAUAUCGACGUCGGCACUGGUCUCCACGUCGGCACCGGCCCCAGCCCCCCCUCGGCCGUCCACUUGGCGCUGCGAGUAUUGCGCGACAGAGAUGGAGCGGCAGUGGUGGACCUGCUCAAAUUGCGGGCAGAUGAAGUUUAACUCACGAUAG